CGCGUGAGGUAGCUCCGGCCAGGGUCGCCUCGGCGUUUCUCUCCCCGCCCCGCAGUCAUGGCGGCGGAGCAGGAGGCCUUGAAGGGCGGCGGCGGCGGCGGCGGCGGCGGCAACAGCGGCCGCAACCGGGGAGGCGUCCAGCGCGUCGAGGGGAAACUCCGCGCCAGCGUGGAGAAGGGAGACUAUUACGAGGCGCACCAGAUGUACCGGACUCUGUUCUUCAGGUACAUGUCGCAGGGCAAACACGCAGAAGCCAGAGAGCUCAUGUAUUCAGGGGCUCUGCUCUUCUUCAGCCAUAAUCAACAAAAUAGCGCUGCUGAUCUCUCCAUGCUUGUUCUGGAAUCCUUGGAGAAGUCAGAUGCAAAAGUGACAGAUGAGCUAUUAGAGAACCUGGCAAAAAUGUUCAGUCUGAUGGAUCAAAACUCGCCCGAAAGAGUAGCUUUUGUGUCCAGAGCCCUGAAGUGGUCCAGCGGUGGAUCGGGGAAGCUGGGACAUCCAAAACUACACCAGUUGUUGGCUAUCACGUUAUGGAAAGAGCAGAACUAUUGUGAAUCUCGCUAUCACUUCCUGCACUCCACAGACGGGGAAGGUUGCGCAAAUAUGUUGGUAGAAUAUUCCUCCGCCAAGGGAUAUCGCAGCGAAGUGGACAUGUUUGUAGCUCAAGCUGUGUUACAAUUCCUCUGCUUGAAAAACAAAACCAGCGCCCUGGUAGUUUUCACGACGUACACGGAGAAGCAUCCUUCCAUAGAAAGCGGGCCCCCCUUUGUACAGCCCUUGCUUAACUUCAUCUGGUUUCUGCUGCUGGCGGUUGACGGAGGAAAGCUGACCGUAUUUACAGUAUUGUGCGAACAAUAUCAGCCUUCGCUGAAACGGGAUCCCAUGUAUAACGAAUACCUAGACAGAAUAGGACAGCUCUUCUUCGGUGUCCCCCCAAAACAAACGUCAUCCUACGGAGGACUAUUAGGCAAUCUUUUAAACAGCCUCAUGGUAGCCGGGGAAGAGGAGGAAACGGAAGAAGAGCAGCAGGAAAACAGCAGCCCCAUCGAGCUGGAUUGAGAUCCUCCUUGAAUCCCUUGGAAUCCAGACCACGUGCUCACCCGAGACUCCCACGAUGACGACGACGACGACAAAACGAAACGAAAACAAACAAAACAAAAAAAGAGAGAGAGACAUUGGGGACGAAUCCUGCGGUCGUUCCUCGUCAGAUUCAAGGGGGCCACCUCUGUUAUGUUUAAAAGAAGAAGGUUUGCUGAGAUGUUCAUAAUGUUUUGGUCUAUAUUAUUUAUGUAAAAACAAAAAAAACCCACAACCCAAUGCGCUGGGGAUAGGCAGGAGAGAGAAAAAAAACGGAUUUUGUUGCGAUCAUUAGCGGACUUUUUUGAACGCCGGCAGCAGACUGAAAAAGGCGCGCCUUCUCUGUGGUUUUCUGAGCAGUAUUUCCCUCCUCUUUCCAGGCCCACGAAAUAAAACCAGAACACACAUUGGUUGCUUUAUAUAUAUAAUAUAUACAUAUAUAUACGGUAUAUAUAUUUUUCCCAAAGGCUACCGUUUCAUUCCAGCCAAUUCACCAAUUAAGGACUUUUGAUUGUCAAAGGAGGGGAGGGGAAGAAGGAAAAAUGUGGUGGAGUUGUUGUUGAAAAUUCAGGCAGUUUGCUGCUCAUGAAGGCAUCCCGUAGACUGGUGCCAAAAUAGUAGUAGUAGUAGUAAUAAUAAUAAUGAAUUUUCAGAUGAGCCAAAGAAAAAAUUGCUACUAAUUGAAAAAGAAAAAAAACAAGGACUUACACCAAAUUCAUAUCCAUUGUAAAGGGGGAGGGGGUUGGGAAAUGAUACAUUUGAGUAAAUUAUAGCAAGGAACAGGCCGAGCAUAACUUGGGGCAAUGUAAAUUUUCUAUUAAAAAAAAUAUGUCAUUUAACCCCAACUUGUGGAAGGCAUAGUCAAAGGAGAAUUUUCAGCCUUCUAAGGGUAUGAACUGCAGCUAAAAUCCUGUUAUUUUCCUAGAAAGACGGUUGUUUAGUCCGAACAUCCAGCAAUCUGCAGCCCUGCUUCCGAAAAAAUAAUACUAAAUCACUCCCUUUUGGCUGGCGAAGAAAGCAUGCACAUAUUAGAAGCGAAGAGGGAUCCUUAGGUGAAGGGGAUCUGCAGACCUUUUAGAUUAUUUAUUUUGACGGGAUGAUCCAUUGAUCCAUUUUUAACCCUUCGUGUGCAAAAGAAAAAAAAACGACAAGUUAGCUUACCAAACCCCUCGUAACGGGCUUCGUGUAACUCUUUUUAACAUCCUCGUCUCCGUUAACGCACAUCGACACCAGAAGUUUAAACCGUACAAUUACAAAAAAAAAGAAAGAAAGAAAGAAAAAAAUGGAGGAGGGGACGUUUUAUAUUUUCACAUUUAAAAAAAAAAAAGGCUUAGAUUAAUACGGCGAUCAUGCAUGAAAGGGGAAUAUUACGUUUUUAUUUACUGUAAAAAAACAAAACAAAACAAAAAAGAUGGAUUUGUGUUAAUUGUUGAGUAUAAAAUAAAUACUUUAUACCGGA